GAAAGAGGCGGGGCGCUUGGAGGGGAAAGGAAAAGUAACCUUCGGGGCUUCCCCAGCCUUUUCGCGCCACGUGGCAGGUCGCGGGCGCCAACAAACCCCGGUCCCCACCAGGAGGGCCACGCGCUCCCGCAGAAAAGAAAGUUCUGUGCAGAGGUUUUUUGUAGGGCUUCCAGAGAAAUACUUUCAGGGACUUAAUUGAGCCCUGACAUGCCACCUCCAGCAGACUCAGGAUUACCCUAUACCCCUCCAGAUGGUGGAUGGGGAUGGGCAGUGGUAUUUGGAGCCUUUAUAUCCAUUGGAUUUUCAUAUGCUUUCCCUAAAGGCAUAUCAAUAUUCUUCAAAGAAAUCCAGGAUUUCUUUGGCACAUCCUACAGUGAGAUUGCAUGGGUGUCUUCAAUUAUGUUGGCUGCUACCUAUGGUGGAGGUCCCAUUAGCAGUAUUUUAGUGAACCGGUACGGUAGCCGACCAGUGGUCAUAUUCGGCGGGCUGCUAUGUGGUAUAGGGAUGAUCUCAGCUGCCUUCUGCACAAGCAUUUUUCAGCUGUACAUUUGUGCUGGAUUCAUCACAGGACUUGGCCUUGCCCUUAACCUCCAGCCUUCUGUGAUCAUCAUUGGAAAAUACUUCUUGAAAAGACGACCAAUCGCCAACGGCCUUGCCAUGGCAGGAAGUCCUGUCAUGCUGUGUACACUUGCCCCUAUGAACCAGCUCCUUUUUGAACACUUUGGCUGGAGGGGAAGCUUUCUUAUUCUUGGGGCAAUUCUCCUGAACUGCUGUGUGGCUGGGGCUCUCUUCAGGCCCAUUGGAGCAGCGACAGGCCCUGCCAAGAGCCCAAAAGAGAGGCUGGCUAUAGAGACUCUGGAAAAGCAGCCAGAAGUAGGAACAGCUGAACUUCCUGGCCUCAGUGAUGAAGAAAGUGAGGACAGAGACUGCUGUGAAAACUUUAACAAGUACCUUGAUUUAUCCCUUUUCAAGCAUAGGGGCUUCCUGAUAUAUCUAGUAGGAAACGUGCUCAUGUUUUUGGGAUUUUUUGCCCCAAUUGUCUUUUUGGCUCCAUACGCAAAGCACCUUGGAAUUGACGAAUAUUCCGCGGCCUUCCUGUUAUCCAUCCUUGCCAUUGUUGAUAUGUUCACUAGACCAACAGCUGGACUCAUUGCCAACAGCAAAUGGGUGAGGCCAAAGAUUCAGUAUUUUUUUAGCUUCUCAAUCAUUUUUAACGGAGUCUGCCAUCUCCUGUGCCCUUUGGCAACCACCUACACCGGCCUAGUAGUGUAUUCAGUCUUUUUUGGCUUGGCUUUUGGCAUGGUUUGUGCAAUGCUGUUUGAAACUCUCAUGGAUCUUGUUGGUGCCAGCCGAUUCACAAGUGCCGUUGGACUGGUCACCAUAGUAGAAUGUUGUACCAUACUGCUUGGGCCACCUAUCGGAGGAACCCUUAUCGACACUUUCGGGGACUACAAAUACAUGUUCAUUAAAUGCGGUGUGGUGAUGACCUUGGCUGGGUUGUUCCUGUUCAUCAUGAAUUACUACAAUUACAGGAUGCUUGCAAAAGAGGAGAAAAGGAAAAAAAAUGAAGUAGCCAAAGUCAGAGAAUGAGGAGGGCAACACCCAGAACACAGAACUGAUACAGGAUGGCACUGAACAAGUCCUUCUAAGAGCUGAAGGAAAAAUCCCAGUCACACAAAUAAGUCCUAAGCCUGCUUUAUGAGCCUCUGCCCGAGAAACUGCUCUUUUGUGUUUGUUUCUUAAAGUGACCAUAAGUGAAUCACAUGACAUUCCUGUUCUGCCUUUCUAUGCUAUAUUGGACUUUGUGUUUGGUCUAAAAGCCCAGAAGGAAAUAACAAGCCUAGUUCUGUGGGAAUCCCUGGGAAAUAUGUGGUGCUUGGCUCUGCACUACUGCAGAUCAAUCUAAAUUGUCUUCUAUAAGUUUCUGUCACAGAUGAGUACAAUGGAUACUUUUUCCUCAUUUAGACUAGUUCCAGCCUCAAGAUGCUUUGAAAGUCAUGCAAAAAUUGAGGGGAAAUCACCAUGAUUUCCUCAGGACUGGCCUAUGUUGGACAUUAUGCUCUCAGUUCACUGCUUUGGCACAUGCAUGAAAGAACUUGUUUGGGGUAGAAAAAACUGUCAUGUUAUGCACGUAAACAAAAUGGCUCCUUCUCUUUGUCUGCUGUGUGGACAGGCAGGAUACACUGCAUCUGCACUUCAUCUGGCAGUCUGUCACUUUGAGUGAUGUUAUAACAUGCACACAUAGCCAGUGUCAGCAUAAGCUGAGGUGGGGAAGCUACUGGGGCCCAGGGCUUCUGGUGGGGCACAUUGCUGCCAACCUUUGCCCCACAUGCUUGCCCAACAAUCUAUAAGUGUGCUCUUCUCUUGUCUGCUACCUGCACUCUUUGCCAGCGUGGUGUAGUGGUUAAGAGCAGGUGAAUUCUAAUCUGGAGAACCGGGUUUGAUUCCCCA